GCGGUAUAUUUCAUAGAUAAAUCCGCGGUCACACUGGCUGUGUGUUGUGUGUGCAUUUUCGUGAUAAACAAUUUUUAAAAACAAUUUACCCCCAUUUGCAGUGCACAAAUCUGAUAAAAAUGACGAAAUAAAUCUGCCGGAAGUGUUCGAUUUCACGCACUAUCCGCCCGCUGAUAGCUAUACCGGUUAUCGGGUGACUCCACCCCAAGGCAACAGCAGCAACAACAACAACAACAAUAACAAUAAUAAUAUCCAUAACCAUAAUCACACAAACAACAUUAGCAGCAGCAGCAACAACAACAACAACCACAGCCACAGCCACAGAAUGGACACCGACGAUGUGGAAUCGAAUACCAGCAGCGCCAUGUCCACCCUGGGGACACUCUUCUCGUUCACAUCGCCGGCCGUAAAGAAGCUACUGGGCUGGAAACAGGGCGACGAGGAGGAAAAAUGGGCCGAGAAGGCUGUAGACAGUCUCGUGAAGAAGCUAAAGAAACGCAAGGGAGCCAUCGAGGAGCUGGAGCGGGCACUGUCCUGUCCCGGCCAGCCUUCCAAAUGUGUGACCAUUCCACGAUCAUUGGAUGGCCGAUUGCAGGUUUCACAUCGCAAAGGCCUGCCACAUGUUAUUUAUUGCCGCGUAUGGCGCUGGCCUGAUCUUCAGUCGCAUCAUGAACUGAAACCGCUCGAACUUUGCCAAUAUCCAUUUAGCGCCAAACAGAAAGAGGUCUGCAUCAACCCGUACCACUACAAGCGGGUGGAGAGUCCCGUCUUGCCGCCCGUUCUAGUGCCGCGCCACUCUGAAUUCGCCCCAGGACACUCGAUGCUGCAGUUCAAUCACGUGGCUGAGCCUAGUAUGCCGCACAAUGUGAGCUACUCGAACACCGGCUUCAACUCGCACAGUCUCAGCAACAGCAACACAUCCGUGGGAAGUCCCAGCUCCGUCAACUCCAAUCCGAACUCGCCAUACGACAGCCUGGCCGGCACACCGCCACCUGCUUACAGUCCCUCGGAGGAUGGCAAUUCCAACAAUCCGAACGAUGGCAAUCAGCUGCUCGACGCCCAGAUGGGGGAUGUGGCGCAGGUUAGCUACUCGGAGCCGGCCUUCUGGGCUUCCAUUGCCUACUAUGAGCUCAAUUGUCGAGUGGGCGAGGUGUUCCACUGCAACAACAACUCCGUCAUUGUCGAUGGCUUCACGAAUCCAUCCAACAAUUCGGAUCGCUGCUGUCUCGGCCAGUUGAGCAAUGUGAAUCGGAACAGUACCAUAGAGAAUACGCGACGUCAUAUAGGUAAAGGCGUUCAUUUGUACUAUGUGACCGGCGAGGUGUAUGCCGAGUGUCUCUCCGAUUCCGCCAUAUUCGUGCAGUCCCGGAACUGCAACUACCACCAUGGGUUCCAUCCGAGCACCGUGUGCAAAAUACCACCCGGAUGCUCGCUCAAGAUCUUCAACAAUCAGGAAUUUGCUCAACUCCUCUCACAGUCGGUGAACAAUGGCUUCGAGGCCGUCUACGAGCUGACGAAAAUGUGCACUAUUCGUAUGUCGUUCGUCAAGGGCUGGGGAGCGGAAUACCAUCGCCAGGAUGUGACGUCGACACCCUGCUGGAUCGAGAUCCACUUACACGGGCCACUGCAAUGGUUGGACAAGGUGCUCACACAGAUGGGGUCACCGCAUAAUGCAAUUAGUUCGGUAUCCUAAAUUUAAGACACAAAACAUAACACAGAAAAAAUACAAAACCAGUAGCUAAAGUGGAGUAGCAAGAGUAAAGUAUGUAAAAGACGUAGAAACAGGACAGAAAAGAGAUCCCAUCUAAAGGGAUAAAAGUAUAUUUAGUGCCUGAAGAUGAUCAUAAGAAUUGACAUUCGUAUGUCUAUAUAAUGUGUAUGUGUAAGCAUAGAUCUAUGCCUCUUAUAAACUAUCCAGAUCUAUCCAGAUGUUUGUGGAUAUAUAGUUGUAUAUCGAAAGCUACUCAAAAACCCGCCCUUUGUCUGUAUUUUAUAGUUUAUCGUAUGAUUUUCUAUGCGAAUGUCAUUCCUAACGCUAAAACAAACAAAACACGAAAAACGCAAAAAAAUGAACAAAAAUUUUAGUAGAAACCAACUACAAAAUGGUAAUACUAUACACACAUGAUCUAUAUAAAAUAAUGAUCUACAAUAUAUACAAUGCUGUAUGCCCAUUGGCAAAAACGUUGUUGUUAAAGUCUAUUUCAAGUGCUACUUAUGUGUCAUUGCAAAAGCUGCUUUAAAUAUAAAAAAUAUAUAUAUAUAUAUGAAGCACCUAAUUAAACCUAUCCACUUUAAUUACAUAAGCUAAAGAAAGUGUUUACAUAAGAAUACGACGAUGAAAACUUUUUGCAAUACAUUUCUUAAAAUGAUUUUUUAUUGAAGAAA